AUGAAAACUACUAAGAUUAACAAGACAAGCAAGAAUAAACCAACUACACCUGAUGAUUUAGCUGCAUUAAAGAAAGAAUUAAAGAACGCAAUUCAGCAAUGUGACUUUGCACGAGCAAAACAGCUUGAUGCACAUAUCAAAUCGUUACAAAGACAAAAUUCAGAUACUGAAUUCGAGAAAAAGAAAAUGACAUCCAAACUCAAAUUCAAUAUCACACGAGAAUCUAUUGGAAAAGAAAUUAUUCAGUGCCAAAUGAAAGCAAACCAAGAAGAAACUAGAACAAUAAAUGAGUUUCAGAAAAGAAUGCUGAAAUUAAAGGAAGAUCAUCAGAGAGAAAAUCAAUUAUUAGACGAAAAGCUUGCAAUUGAGCUUGAGAAGGCAUAUACUCGCCCAGUUCCAGAAGCAGAGUCAAUAAAAACAUAUGCACAGAAGCAAGCUACACUAGGCAACUUCAAUGUUGCAGAGCAAGCAAUGGAAGAAUACAAAGAGAUUCAUACUAAAAGUAUUCAACAGAGAACAGAUGACCUAAUCAUUAAAUUCCACCAAGAUCAGAUGGUUGUUACUGCAAGGCAAGAAGCACAGCUUGCAAAUUGCAAUGAUAAAUUACAGAACGCCUUAAAAUCCAUUCGAGAUAAUCUUGCACUUGAGAUUAGUAGGAAGAAUGGUGAAUUAAACUCUGUUUCUUUGAGAUUCGGACUUGGACCUUUGAGGGAAGAGUCCAUGAUCAGGCCAGUCCAAAUCAACAAUGAAAAUUCAGAUGUGAUGCAGUCAUCUCUUAUAUCGACCGCAAAAUCACCGAAGCCAAAGACAACUGGAAGGCUUAGCAUGUUAGCUACAGCCAAAAGUCCAAGAAUGACUCCAAAAUAA